UUUUAUGCCUUUUUUAAAUUUUCACCUUAUUUAAUUGCGUUAAUAUCUUUUUGUUAUUUGGGGUUGGUCUCCAAUAUGACGACUCAUCAAAAAAUUUCUGUCAACAAUUUUUGGCAUCUAAAAAUGUUUUCUGUCAAUAGCAGAAAACAUUCAACUGUCAGAAAAUCAAAUUUUAGUUUAAAGAAGAAAAAAAUAACUGCAAAAACGCAGCAUACCCAUCCAAAAAGUUUUAGCAGAUUUUCGAGGAAAAUGUCAGAUCCAGAAAGAUAUUCUCCUGAAGCUCUUUAUCAAUUGCUGGAAACAACAAACAAAAACGUUUUGAAUCUUCAGACUGAUGUAACCAAACUUCGGACUGAUUUUGAUAACAACAAAAAAGAUACUACAACGAAAUUUGAAAAUAUUUCAAGACAAUUUGAAGAACUUCAAACGACAUUGACCAACCACAAUGAUAGCUCAAAAGCGGGUUUUGAAGCAAUUGGAGCAUCUUUAGUCAAUCACAUGAAUGCUUGUACUUCAAAUUUUGAAAUGGGAACCAGGACAAUUUUAAGACUUGAUCGUCGUUUAAAUUAUAUGCGGCAAAGCAUUACCGGUCUUUCUGGUCGUAUGGAAAAUUUGGAGAUGAAUAAUAAUCAAAAUAUUCCUGGAAAUGCUGGUGUCAACAUGGGCGGAGGAAAUUAG